UCUACAAAGUCAGUCUAGUUCUUUUUUGACACCUCCUCGUACAUUAUAUCAAUUCUUGCAGUAGUAUGCUUCUACGAAAUAAUUAUUAUCAAGAGUUCAUCCUUGAAAAUGUCAAACUAUGAUGACUUUUUAAUUAAUAAAAUUUCUUCGUUAAGCACCUACUGCUACCAGUGGUAUUUAAUUCAGUUAAAAUUGCAUUUUGCUUUCGUAUUUUGAUCUAAAAAUAGAUUAGAGCAUUAUUUCGUACAAUGUAAAAAAAAGAAUUAUUGUUAACGAAAGAUGUUAAUUAAGUCAAAGUAUUUGUGUAAAUAGGAAUAUAUUUAAAAUUAUUAAAGGAAUUGAAAAGAAUAAAAAAUUAUGGAAGAAAUCAAACCAAAUCAAGUGAUAAGAAAAUCUCACCCCUUAAAAAGAACAAAUGUAUUUUCUCAAUUAUUUUUUUGCUGGUUUCCCGGAUACCUUUCAAAAGGGCUAAAACGCAACUUAACAGAAGAUGACAUGUACCAAACUAAGAAUUCCCAAAAAUCCGAUUAUCUCGGCACCAAAUUACAAGAAGCGUGGGACAAGGAGUUAAAAAAAUCCAAUCCAUCUCUAUUGAGAGCGAUAUUUCUAUUAUUCAAAUGUGAAAUUCUAUUUUACGGGUUGUACAACUUAUUUACUGAUUUCAUAAAGAUAGCCCAACCAAUGCUCAUCUCAAGGCUGGUUUCGUUUUUCGAAAAGAAACCUGAAGAAGUAAACCAAACUGACGUAUAUGUAAGCGCAUUUCUCAUAGUUUUAGCAUCUCUGACUCAAGUUAUCUGCCUCCAUAACUAUCAGCUGAGAGUAAUGACUUUAGGAAUGAAAAUAAGAGUAGCUGCAUGUUCUUUGAUCUACAGGAAAGCUUUAACAUUAAGCAAAAGUUCUUUAGCAGAGACAACAAUUGGCCAAAUGGUGAACUUGUUGUCUAAUGACGUCAGUAGAUUCGAUUUUACCGCACAACUUAUGCACAGCAUAUGGCUGGCGCCUACAGAAACUGUUAUUGUUAUGUUCAUGUUGUAUUUUUAUGUUGGUCCCUCUGGAUUAGUAGGGUGUAUGUUUAUGUUGAGCUUUAUUCCAUUUCAAAUGUAUAUGGCCAAAUUGACCUCGCAAUACAGACUAAAAACAGCAAUAAGAACGGAUGAACGUGUAAGAUUGAUGAACGAAAUAAUAUCAGGGAUAAAAGUUAUCAAAAUGUACACUUGGGAAAAACCGUUUGCCAAAUUAGUCGAAUUCGUAAGAACAAAGGAAAUAUAUGAAAUCUAUCACACAUCGACGAUCAGAGCUAUAAUGAUGUCCUUCAACCUGACCAUGAACAGAAACGCAACAUUUUUGUGCAUAUUGACAUUCGUAUUAACUGGAAACAGAUUAACAGCUUCGUACGCUUACACAGUAACAUCCUUUUACGGUUUCUUGAGAAUAGCAGUUACCCAACAAUUCCCGCAAGCCAUGACACAACUAGCAGAAACCAAAGUUUCAUUAUCAAGGAUUCAAAAGUUUUUAAUGAACGAAGAAUUAAAGAGAAACAUAAACGUCGUACCGAACAUAAUGAAUGGAGUUGUAGAACAUAAAAAAGCAGUGGGGAUUAAGCUAAAAAACGCAGCUGUUAAAUGGACGAAGUUUCUACAAGAAAAUACAUUGGAGGGUAUCAAUUUUGAAGCUAAGUCUAGUCAGUUGGUAGCUGUUGUUGGUCUGGUGGGUGCUGGAAAAUCUACUCUUUUACACGUAAUUUUAAAGGAGUUGGUACCUGUUGAAGGUUUUGUUGAUGUAAGUGGGUCGGUAUCUUACGCCUCGCAAGAACCAUGGAUAUUUGGUGGCAGUGUAAGACAAAACAUACUUUUCGGCAAUGAUUACAAUGAAGACAGAUAUGAUGAGGUCAUCAAAGUAUGCGCAUUAGAAAGAGAUUUAACUCUACUCCCGCAUGGCGAUCGUACGUUAGUUGGAGAAAGAGGCAUUACUCUAAGUGGAGGACAAAGAGCUAGAGUCAAUUUAGCUAGAGCAAUUUAUAGACAGUCCGAUAUCUACCUUCUAGACGAUCCAUUAUCUGCAGUCGAUACUCACGUUGGCAAGCAGCUUUUUAAAGAAUGCAUUACUGGGUAUUUGAAGAACAAAUGUGUUAUUCUAGUUACACACCAGCUUCAAUACUUACGCUCAGUUAACUGUAUCUAUUUACUGAAUGCCGGCAAAGUUAAAGCAUUCGGUACCUACCAAGCUCUAAAGAAGUUAGACAGUUCGUUCACAAAGCUGUUAUGUUCAUCCGAAGACGAAGAUAAAAAGCAGGAUACUAGGAUAUCUACAAGGUCCGAAUCUGUGGCAUCCGAUAUGGAAUCGUUUGCUAAAGAAGAGGUCGUGGAGCUGAAGAAGGAAGAAAGAGCUACCAGUAAAAUCUCAGGGAGAGUGUAUAAGAAUUAUUUCAAAGCUGGUGGAAACAUUCUGAAGACGAUCGCAUUGCUUUGUACUUUCAUAGCUACUCAAGUUUUUGUAUGCUUGUCUGAUUUUUUUCUUACCAUUUGGGUUAACGUAGAGCAAUGGAGAGUAGAACAUAACGUCUCAAAUCCUUUGGUAAAUCAAUCAUCAAACGAUUCAGUGUUGACAAUUUCAGAUGACAACAAUCAGAUAUUUUGGAGUAAACUGUUAACGGACAAUAACGCAUUGAUAAUUACUAGUAUUUUAAUGAUUUGCAUGGCAUUUUUGGGAAUUACUAGAUUGCUUUGGUUCUUUAGAUAUUGUCUAACAGCUUCUACUAAAAUGCAUAACCAGAUGUUAAGUAAAAUUUUACAUUCACCAAUGCUGUUUUUCAAUACCAAUCCGAUUGGGAGAAUUUUGAACAGGUUUUCUAAAGAUGUAGGAUCUCUGGAUGAAUCCUUGCCAAAAAGUUUGAUCGACACUAUUGGAAUCGGACUUAUUAUAACUGGAAAUAUUUGUGUUAUAACCAUUGUAAAUCCUUGGAUUUUGCUACCAACUGGAGUGAUUUUAAUUAUAUUUUAUUACAUUAGAAGAGCAUUUCUAGCUUCCAGCAGGCAAAUUAAAAGAGUUGAAGCAGUGGCGAGAAGUCCUAUCUUCACCCAUCUGGCAGCUUCUUUGCAAGGACUUACAACGAUUAGAGCGUUUAGGGCUGAACAAAUACUAACUAAAGAAUUUGAUAAUUUUCAAGAUAAACACUCUUCAAUAUACUACACGUUUUUGACGGCCACUAGAGGUUUUGGAUUUUGGUUGGAUCUUCAUUGCAUCGUAUUCAUAGGAUUGGUCCUCAUUAGCAUCUUAUUCAUACAGUCAGAAUCUUUCGGCGGAAAUGUAGGUCUAUCCUUAACCCAAGCCAUUAACCUCUCAGGAUUAUUCCAAUGGGGUAUGAGGCAAUGGAGCGAGCUUGAAAUUCAAAUGACUUCGGUCGAAAGAGUGCAAGAAUACGCGGAUCUGCCUAUAGAGAAAGACAGCAGCAAAAACGACAAUUUUCCAAAUUGGCCCAAUUUAGGAGCGAUUAAAUUCAACAAAAUGUAUCUUAAAUACUCUCAGGAUGAUCCUUACGUUCUUCAAAAUUUGAAUUUUGAAAUAAAAUCAAAGGAGAAAAUCGGGAUAGUCGGUAGAACCGGAGCUGGGAAGAGUUCUUUGAUCCAGGCGUUGUUUAGAUUGACUGAUAUCGAUGGAAGUAUAGUUAUCGAUAAUGUGGAUACUAAGAAUGUUAAGUUGGAGAUUCUGAGAUCGAAUAUAUCGAUUAUCCCGCAAGAGCCGGUGCUGUUUUCUGGUACUCUGAGGAAAAAUUUGGAUCCGUUUGAUGAACAUAAAGAUGAAGUUUUGUGGGACGCUUUGGAUGAAGUAGAGCUAAAACACACAGUAGACGAAUUACCAGCAGGACUAAGCAGUAAAAUGGCGGAAGGCGGUUCAAAUUUCAGCGUUGGACAAAGACAGCUAGUGUGUUUAGCCAGAGCUAUAAUUAGAAGAAACCGAAUUUUAGUCCUGGAUGAAGCUACGGCUAACGUAGAUCCAAUGACAGACGCUAUCAUCCAAAACACCAUCAGAGAUAAGUUUGCUAACUGUACAGUACUAACUAUAGCACACAGAUUGCAUACCGUGAUGGAUUCCGAUAAAGUUUUGGUAAUGGAUGCCGGAGAAGCAGUGGAAUUUGAUCAUCCGUAUAGUCUGUUAGAGAAGAAAGGCGUUUUUCAUAGUUUGGUCAAGAAGACCGGAAGUAAUAUGGCGGCUAACUUGCAUACUAUAGCUCUGGAAAGUUUCAAUAAAAUAUUGCAAUAGGCCAACAAAAAAUUGUGAUUUAUUUACUAAUGUAUUAUUAUUAUUU